CACACACCCAUAUUCCGAGUCAGUGGAUCUAGAUUCUCUCUCUCUGCCUGUGUUUCUGUGUUUCUGUUGGAAGAUGCUCUGCUGGGAGUUGUGUCUGACCCUGCUCCUCUGGGCUCUUCCUGUGAGGACUAUCCCUUCCACCAACAUCAAGAUCACACACGCCUUCCCCCUCCAGUUGCCAGAACCAAGCCAUCCCGUCACCUGUCCGUUGUUCUGGACUGAGUUUGAAGGUCACUGCUACCGUUUCUUCCCCAUGAACCGGACCUGGGCUGAGGCUGACCUGUACUGCGCUGAAUUCUCCAAUGGUCUCAAGUCUGCCAAACUCACCUCCGUACACAGCUGGGAGGAGAAUGUGUUUGUCUACGAUCUCGUCAACAGCCGUAUCCCAGGGAUACCAACAGACAUAUGGAUCGGCCUUCACGACAGGAGACAGGAGGGCACUCUGGAGUGGACCGACGGCAGUAACUAUGAAUACAGCUACUGGGAUGGCAACCAGCCUGACGAUGGCAUACACCGUAUCCCUGAAGAGGAAGACUGUGUCGAGAUCUGGUACAGGCAGAACAGCGCACUAAGGUCCUGGAAUGAUAACAGCUGUGACAAAGCCUUUCCCUUCGUUUGCAAGAUCCCCACAGUGGACAACUAGACCUCCAGGGUCCAACACUAACGCACGCACGCACGCACGCACGCACGCACGCACGCACGCACGCACGCACGCACGCACGCACACACACACACACACACACACACACACACACACACACACACACACACACACACACACACACACACACACACACACACACACACACAGAGCCCCACUGAAAACGAUGAUAUUGGGGAACUUUCUCGCUGCUGUUCUUACCUUCUACUUCAUCAUCCUCCCUCUCUUCUUAUCCUCCCUCCCUCACUCCUCCCUCUCUUCUUCUCCAUCAACUCUCCCUCUCUCCUCCCUCCAUCCUUCCUCUCUUCCCUGCCUCCCUCAACCCUCCCUCUCUUCUACUCCUCCCUCAUUCCUCCCUCUCUUCUUCUCCUCCCUUAACUCUCCCUGCCUCCUAUAGUAUAAUGCACUAGGUAUUUAAUAGGGUGUCAUUCAGGACAUCACACACAGAGGAACACAUGGGACUUAUCAUGUGAAGGCCAGUCAUCAACCUUCCUUCCCUCCCUCCCUCCCUCCCUCCCUCCCU